AUAUAAAUUCGACGAAGAGAUUCAGGACGUUUGGUCGUCUAAACCGACAGAGCGCGGUAGUAAAUCGAUAAGACAUUAUGAGGAAACUACGAAGUCCAGGGCAACUUCUUUCGUUCAUGAAACUGACCGUAAACCGAAGGUUGCACCUCAAGCUGCAAUUAAGCCACGCGUCCGCGAUUCGGAUGAUGAACGUGAGGAUGUUUGGAGUAUUCACAAUCCGGGAGAACGUGAUAAUGAAUCUAUGCCGUACAGAGUAUGCAAAUAUGUUACAUGAAAAUUCAAUACAUUUUAGUUUAAAAGAACAUGAUAUUUCGAACAUAUUUUUUUAUUUUAGGAUACGUCAACAGAUAAAACACACAAACCUCAUAUACCGUCAGAUACAACACAUUCACGUCAAAAAUCAGAUGAAGACAAACCAAAAGAUAAAAUAUUACAUGACACCAUCGCAAAUAAGACACAUCCACAGAAAUCAGAUAAAGAGAUUGAGGAUACAUCGACUAAGCCGAAAGAAUCCGUUGUCGAUUCAAAGAAAUCUAAAGACAUACCAAAAGUUAAGACACUUUUAUGCGAUACACCUACAGCUAAACUACAAUCACAAAAACCUGACGAAGUGUCAGAACAGAGAGAGAAAACACAUGACACAUCUAUUCACAAAAUACGUCCACACAAAUUUGAUGAAAAAAUUGGGGAUGUUUGGACCAAACCGAAAAAACAUGAUACUGAUUCUAAGAUAUAUGUCAAAGAUUUACCGAAAUUUAAAGACAAAUCGUCUCGUCGUCAAUCUGUCGAAAAAAUCGAGGUACAUGAUAUUUCGUCCAAACGAAGGGAACGUGAAAAUAAACCACACAAAACAGAUGAGGAUACAUCGGAAAUUAAAACUAAAAGACGCGUAUCGAAAUCUGACAAUCAAACUGAAGGAGAUAAAAUAGCUUUGGACAAAAUAAAAGUACGUGAUAUCAAGUCCAAGCCAAAUGAUGAGGACAAAUUGGUGCCGAAAUCGAAAGGACAUGACGAUAAACGCGUUGCACAUAAUGAG